AUGAAAGCUGCCUCCGAGCUCGUGCGUGCUAGUACGUGUGUGCGUCUGGCGUCGGCUGUCCGGAGAAAUUUCCCCUUGCCUUUCGGCACUGCUGCCUGCCCGAUCUCGUUAACCAAAUCCUCUCUCCCUCUCUCUCUCUUUCCCUCCCGUCCGUCGCCGCGUACCGCUGCGGCGGCCGACGGGCAAAGCCACCCACCCCACCAGUCUCAGCCGUUGUCGUCGGCCCCCGCGCCGGUGGAAGGUGGCAGCCCGCCGCCUGUGCAGCAGUCGCCGUCUUCGACGAUGCCAGCAGCUGCUUCGGUGGCGGCGCACAAGCCCACCCGCUUCUCGCUGUACAGCAUCGAGAGACUGCUUGCCGGAGCGGCGGUGCAUGCGGCCACCACGCCGUCGUCCGUGGCCUCCUCCGUGCUCGACUUCAGCAUCGCCCAGCAUCCGUCGGCUAGGAUAGGCGACAAUCCGAUGUUGUGCAAAAUAUGGCAACAAGCGUUGUCAAUCAAUCAAUCAAUCAAUCAAUCAAUCAAUCAAUCAAUCAAUCAAUCAAUCAAUCAAUCAAUCAAUCAAUCAAUCAAUCAAUCAAUCAAUCAAUCAAUCAAUCAAUCAAUCAAUCAAUCAAUCAAUGGUGUCCCUCUACGUGCAGAGGUUGCGGGCCACUUCCCAGGAGCCUUGAACGGCCGCUCGAAGGGCAGCACUGCAGCUUCCUCGGACAAGAGUGGCACUCCUUCGCUCCACUACAGCGGCGACAAGGGGCCGGCUUCAUCCCUGCAUCAGCACCAGCAGCAGCAGCAGCAGCAGCAAGCGGCAGAAGACGGCGGACUCUCCGGCAAGCCGCGUAAGAUCCGGCGGAGCCGCACCACGUUCACCACCUUCCAGUUACACCAGCUGGAGCGCGCCUUCGAGAAGACGCAGUAUCCGGACGUGUUCACCAGGGAGGAGUUGGCUCUGAGGCUGGACCUCAGCGAGGCCAGGGUCCAGGUGUGGUUCCAGAACCGGCGAGCCAAGUGGCGCAAGCGGGAGAAGGCAAUGGGCAGGGAGAGUCCGCCACCGAUGACGGCCUCUUCCUCCUGCGGCGUCGCGUCGUCGACGGCGUCCGACCGCGGCCUGGGUCCCUUCCUGCAGGCUGCGUGCGGCAUGAGCGCCGCCCGGGCCGAGCUGUUCGGCGCGGGGCCCUUCGGGGUCGCCGAGCCCUUCUGGGGCUCCCCUUCGCUGGUCGCGCCCGCCUGGCCCAAGCUGUACGGGUAUAUGCUGCCCGCACUGCUGCCGGCCCCGCCGUGCCCUUCGACCUCUGUUCUGGACCUUGGUUCCAAGAAGACAACAGGGCACGCCAGACUGCAGGCGUCACCGCCGUCAGCGGCGCCGACGUCAUCGCCGGGCCUCGACCUCCUCAGAGUGAAGGCGCGCGAACACGCCGCCAGGAGGGCGGGCUCGGGGUCCCCGAAGUCGGCCUCGCCCGCUGCAGACCGGACCGAGCCGUCUUGACUGCGCCUUCCAGUGCUCCCGUCUAGUGGUAUCCGCCGGUUCAUCCUGUCACCGUGUCCCCCGAGGUUGACGUGACGUCACAGUGUGCGCGGAUGACGUGUGUGUAUCGACCCAUGGACUAGAGCUUCGCUUCGAAAGUUUAAGCAAACGACUUCUACGGCAGCAUUAUAAGGUUCGAGCCACGCAAGCGGAUACCACAGCGUUACAACUGCGAUCUCUUUUUCUUCGGCAUCUCCCGGAGUGUUCUAAUCUUGAAGUAUUUCUAUGGGUCGUUGUUUUGUUCGGACUUGAGGACACAUAACGAGCCUAUUUAUGAACGAACUUGUUGUGCCCGAUGACUUUGGGGCGACCAUCACUAAUAUAGAAUACACAUCUCAUUUACCCUAACAAGAAUGAAGUGACGUAACUCGCGUGUCUUGCGUGGAUGACCAUGAGUGUUGUCUUGCGCAUAUUUGACCGUUAGACGUUUGACUUCGAAACGUUAGACCCCCUGUACGUCUGACUCAACGGCAACAUUACGAGGACCCGAGCAGCACACGAAAGUACCACUGCGGUUGGCAAGGAAACGGUGCAAGGAGGGGCCAACAAUUUAAGGGCAGAAUGGAGAGCGUUUGUGUUGUGUCUGUAGACUGUUGUCCUGUCCUGGCUCUGUUUCUGUCCAUACACUGUGUGUUUCGGGGGAGACAUUAAGUGAUUGUUAAACACAGCCGAGCAGGAACUAAGGUACCGUAUUUUUCGGCGGAGCAAAAAAAAAAAAAAGAAAAAAAAAGGGAGAUAUAUCAAUGCAUGUCACUCGCUCUCCGUGUACGGACUUCUGCAUGGAAGCUGGCGCUAUUGAUAAGCACAUGCUUUCUAUCAAGCGAGUAUCGUUCGCGUACAGAAUGGCUUAAAUUUUACAGUUACAAAGUGCAUCGGGAAAUAGGUAAUUACAAAGUAAUCAAUAAUUGCCACAUCAAGUCACACAUCCGCCGCGGCGAAAUAUGGGCUGCCGGAAAUGUCGUUCUUAUUGCCUGCUGCCGUAAGUGUUUAAUGAUCACUUAAUGUCUUCAUUGGAACACCCUGUAAGACGUUCUUCCGUUCUGUUUAAGCACGCACGUCAAGACUAUGAAAAAAAGAUCGAACGUGUGCCCGACUACUCGUAUAUAUAAAAAGCCAUCGCAUAUAUAGACGACACUUCAGAUUAUUUAUAGCAGGAACUCCGAUACUGCAGGGCCGCGUUUUGAAUGUGGCUUCUUAACUGACUUCACCGAACGGUCCAUACACGUUAGUCUGUCAAUCAUUGACAUCUCUAGAGCCGUCGAUCUUCGCCGGAGUUGUUAUUGUUUAAACGCUUAUUUGUGGGUUUUCUCACCUUUACAAGAACAUGGUGACUGACCUCGCACAUUUCAAGCUCUAUAGCAAAUGAUUUGUUGCGCGGGCCGGAGUUUAACUAGCUCUGCAUCUACCGUCUAUUUCACGAUGACUCAUCGCUUAUGCAUUGAAGCAACAUCUGAAGACAACGAGAGAACACUAUGGCUGGCCAUAGAAAUAGGUAGUUGAUCCUGGAAAAUGGAAAAGCGGUUGCAGUGAAGGCCGUCUUUGUUUUAUUGUCAAAUUACCGAGGCGCACUUUCCAAACAUCUUGUACAGUAUACGGCUUCCACGAACUCUGGAACAUGAGCGUGCCAGAGAGCCUGCUGGAAAGCAUGUUGUCCCUCAAGAAGGCUUCAGUGGAACUCGCUACCACGCUGUGGGAACGUCAUCGUGGAAUGUAUCAUGUUCCAAUAAAUAACGUUUGGCAAGGACCAGUC